AUGGCAGCGAGCUCUGGUAGCCAAGACGCAACGUCUUUGAGCGUUUUGGCGAUGCUUCUCAUGGAUGAGUUCGCGGAGGCGGAGGAAGGCCGACUGCGCGCGAUCGAAGAGAGCAGCGAGGAACCUGUCUUGCCGAGUGAAGAAGAGAGACUCCGGAGGUUGAGGGAGGGCACAGAGCGCUGUGUCGCCAUGCUCCAGAAAUGUCUCGACAUCGACGAGAAUAAUAUCCUCGCGAAGCUUCAUCUCUCGCAGGUCUACGUGUACCGCGAGGAGUGGGACCGAUCUGAGGAAAUCCUUCAUGCCCUGUUGGAAGAGAAUCCCGACGAUACACACAUCUUGAACAAUCUGGGUGAGUCGGCCGCGCCUGAGAAGUAG